AUGUCCGGCCCUUGGUUUCUGCUUGCCGUGGUUUUGACCCUGACCCUGACCGGUGUCCCCGGCGGCCGCUCACAGCCGGAGGUGGCCCAGCAGGAGGCGGCUAUGGCGGCCGAGCAACUGGGCCUGGACGACCUCCUGCGGCAGGCGGAGCCCCUCCUCCUCCUCCGGGAAGACCUCCAGCGACUCCGAGAGGACCAGGAAGAUAGCGAAUCAGAGUCCCAGAUCUUUCAACCGCAUUGGCUCUCCAAGCGUCAGCAUCCAGGCAAAAGGGGGGAGGAGUCAGAAGAGGGAGUUGAAGAGGAAGAGGAAGAAGGAGGGGCCGUGGGACCCCACAAACGGCAGCACACUGGCCGGCAGGACGGUGUGGCUGCAUGGCCAGAGGAUAUAAGCCAGCAGAAGCGGCAGCACCCUGGCCGGCGCUCCUCCUGGCUUGGGUCCACUUUCACCAAGAGGCAGCACCCAGGCAGACGGCUGGUGGACCCCCAGGCCCAAAGCAGCUGGGAAGAGGAGGAGGAGGAGGGAGAGCUGAUGCCUGAGAAACGCCAACAUCCAGGAAAGAGGACCCCAGGAAGCCCAUGCGGGCCCCAGGGAUCCUGUGGUCAAGCCAGCCUUCUGCUGGGCCUCCUGGAUGACCUGAGCAGGGGCCAGGGGGCUGAAGAGAAGCGGCAGCACCCUGGGCGGCGAGCGGCCUAG